CGCGCAAAGGAACAGUAUCACCAGAAUUUCCCCUUUGGCAAUACCUGCUGAUUGGGUCGUAAAAGCAAGCUGGUUUUAACUUUUAAUAUUUGGCUCCUGUGUUCUGCCAUGACUAGUCGCAAAAGACUGUUUCUCUAGCCUAUCACUAGUUUUAGGUGAGACGCAUUGGUCAGCAGUGCAGAUUGUUUUUUUUUUCUCUCAUUGAAAAACGAGUGUGCGCGUAUGAGCGCGCGUGUAUCUGGUGAACAUGUUUUCCGAAACUUUUUUAAGGAUGAUAUACCUUGGAUGUUUCCUGCUUUUUUUUGGUCUUACGCAUUCCAUACCAAGUUACCCUAUCUGGUGGUCCUUAGCGGUGGGCCACCAGUACUCAUCCCUGGGCUCCCAGCCCAUCCUGUGCGGCUCUAUCCCCGGCCUGGUGCCAAAGCAGCUGCGAUUCUGUCGGAAUUAUGUGGAGAUCAUGCCCAGCGUGGCUGAGGGGGUGAAGAUUGGCAUCCAGGAGUGCCAGCACCAGUUCAGGGGCAGACGCUGGAACUGCACCACUAUAAAUGACAAGGCCAUCUUCGGACCAGUGCUGGACAAAGCCACGCGGGAGUCAGCAUUCGUUCAUGCAAUUGCCUCAGCAGGUGUGGCCUUUGCAGUGACACGCUCCUGCGCCGAGGGCUCUGCCACCAUAUGUGGUUGUGACACGCGCCACAAAGGUCCACCCGGCGAGGGCUGGAAGUGGGGUGGCUGCAGCGAGGACGUGGAGUUCGGCAGCAUGGUGUCCCGGGAGUUUGCAGACGCCCGCGAGAAUCGUCCAGAUGCACGGUCCGCCAUGAACCGGCACAACAACGAGGCGGGACGAACGUCUCUAAACGACAACAUGUUUCUGAAGUGUAAGUGCCACGGCCUAUCGGGCAGCUGUGAGGUAAAGACAUGCUGGUGGUCCCAGCCUGACUUCAGAGUGAUCGGAGACUACAUGAAAGACAAGUACGACAGUGCUUCGGAGAUGGUGGUGGAGAAGCACAAGGAGUCCCGUGGCUGGGUGGAGACACUGAGGCCCAGGUACACCUUCUUCAAACCGCCCACGGAGCGAGACCUGGUCUACUACGAGAGCUCGCCCAACUUCUGUGAGCCCAACCCGGAGACUGGCUCAUUCGGGACACGUGACCGUGCCUGUAACCUGACGUCGCACGGGAUCGACGGCUGUGACCUGCUGUGCUGCGGCCGUGGUCACAACACCCGGACAGAGAAACGGAAGGAGAAGUGCCACUGUAUUUUCCACUGGUGCUGCUAUGUCAGCUGCCAGGAAUGUGUUCGGGUCUACGAUGUCCACACCUGCAAAUAGAUAGGCUGGCACUGCUCCUUCCACACCUACACCAAAAUUGAUGCAACAAGAUGUCAACAUAUAAAAGAAGAAGCUACUUUUUUGAGCCGGGCUCAAAUAACUUAAGAGGCUUUGAAUUGACUUUGAUCAAGCAUUAGCUGCCUUGUCUGUGAAUUCAACUAAAGUAUAGUCACCUGUAGGCAAACAAGAUGGUCGCCUGUCAUUUGAUGCCUGAGAUUCAGCCUGUCUUAGAAUGCUACGGUAGUUCUUUAUUACAGAAGUGGAGUCAUGGAGGCUCCACUCAGAAAAACAACAUAGUUAUGUUGAUGAUGAUGACCACCAUCUCAUCGAUAGAGGCAAAAGAGGAGACCUUUACAAAGAGGGAUGAGUGUAGCCAAGAAGUGACUUCCAGAAAUGUGCUUCAAGGCCUUGGUUUCCUUCCUGACACAUGAAAAGGGAAAUGUAGGUUUUAUGUAGGCUACAUACUGUACUGUUGGCAAACACCAUAUUGGUGAAUUCUCUGUAUGCUCUGUGUAUUCACCGUCAUUUAUAACAGGAAUGUACUGUCACAUAAACAUUUGGGUCACCACAACAUCCAUGAUACACAUGUAAUUCUUUUUAUGAUUCUGCUUUUCACCCACAAUUUUCUAUUACAUACUUUCACAUACAAUAGAUCAGUUGGUUGAGCGUGCCGCAUAUAACACCAGGGUAUGUGUUUUAUAUCCAGGCCACACACAUAAAAUGUAUGCACACAUGACUGUAAGGGGCUUGUGAUAACAGUGUCUGCUAAAUGGCAUAUAUUAUUAUAUUCUAUAUUAUACAUCUUCACAACUGCAUUUCUGAGCUUUGGUCACGUUUUUGUAUUGUACAUCUCAAAAGCACACAUUCUUCUCAACAUUUGCAGUAUAUUAGUGGUAAAUGUUUUAUUUUUAAAUAUAUAGUGUUAACCUUUUACUAAUGUUGGGAUUAGAAUGCACUUGCACCUGAGUGAAUGCCAUUUUUUGCAUUUUUAUGUUCAUGUAUUCUCAAAUUGUCUGGCUAUUUUAUCUGUGGUAUUAGAUAUUACUAUUCUGGUCUCAAAAAGCACAAAAAAGGCACAAAUCAGUCCAACCAUCAAAAAAAUUAGAACCCACUUUUAACCCAAUACAAUGUUCUAUCAAUGUAUCAUCAGAACCCAGCUACAACUGGAAGCUCUUUGAAGAAAGUUACCAAGAGGUUUGGCCACAGUACAAUAAAUGAUAAACAAAGUUUAGCCCACAGACAAAUUACUUUCAGCUGGAGGAGCAUGAGGUGGUCAGAGCCUAAAGUGAGUUUGAAAGUUCAGCACUUGUGUCUAGUUGAAGAGUAUGAAGCUUUUUUCUCCUGGUUUUUAUCAGUGUUAGUUAUGUUUACCAGAACACGGCGUGUGCAUCACCGCGUGGUGCUGCAGACAAACCCAUGCUAUUUAGUGUUUGACAAUGAAAGUAUGUGAAAGGGAUUUACCAGCUAGAAUAAUUCAUUUUCUCGUUAUGCCCAUGAAUGCUUGUAUGCUAUCAUAUUGUUUCCUAUCUGUAAGCGAUUACUUACUGUAACCUGAAAUGUUCCUCGUAGUACGUUGUAUGUCAUGAACAGCAGUCUGAUUGCAGGUGAUAACCCAGCUGCAGUUAAAACAAUGACCAAAACCUGUGUAUCUGAUUCUGAUUUAUGGCUCGUUCUUAGUCCUUCAACCUUACAAACAGCAGCAUCACUGACAAUAUCAAGACCUUCCCUUUGUAUGCUGCUAAUUAUAGAUACUGUAUGUAUAAUAUGUAUGUAUGUACUGUAUGUAUGUAAUAUGUAUAUAUGUAUGUAUGUGAGUAUGUUAUUCUUCUUUCUGUGAAAGACAGCGUUUAGACUUAGUUUGAACAAAAAUGUGAAGUUUGCUACUAAUUCAUUUUGCAUAUAGACUGCAUAUACAUUUAACCAAAUAGACAUAUUUUGAUAUGUAUUGUUUGCUAUUAUGUGUUUUGGUUGGGAAAUCAUGUAUUCAUUCAGUGGUCCAGCUGUGGAUUCACAGUUACGUAGCACAUCAGCUUAGAUACAGGACAGAUUGUUGGGCACCUAGCUACAUCACCUAGUAGUGUAUAUGUAGUGUAUAUCACUACUUCUAAAUUAUAUAGAAUAAUAAACAAACUUUUGUAACAAUAAAAAUAAGACUACUGAGUCAAGCGUUAGGAAUUCUUUAUGGGAGGAAAGAACUUGGUCAAUACUUUUGAAAGUUCCAGAAGCUCCAGGGAGAUAAAGAAAGCUGACAGUUGUUGAAUUAGACAAUGUAUUUUGGGCCAUGGCUGUGGAUCCUUUUUUCUCUGACCUUAACAAAAAACAAAAACAUUCGCUUAUGAUCCUAAAGCUUCAGCCUCUUUACAGUGUAAGCUAGUAAAGAACAUUACUAUUUUUUGAUUAUUGCUUCAAAUUGCUUGAAUGUUUAAAUUUUUCUCCAUUUCAUCUCAGAGGUUCAGAAAUGUUGCAGACAUUUGCUACAUUAUCAGGUCAAGGAAGGAAUUCAGCAGCAUUUACAGUAAGUAAGAUGAUUUAGAGGGGAUGAUCAUAUUGUGUAAAGAGUGUGUUGAGAAUAAAUAGAACAUGAUAAUGAUCUGCGCAUGCACAGACGUUUCUCGAUCUUAAGUGGAAGAGACAGUUAUUCUCUAAAGGUCAGAGAAAAGAUAGAGUCACUCCAUUGUGGUUUUUGUCUCAAGCAUGUAUAGCUCUUACCAGUUCAUCUUUCAUAUAUUUUAAAUUAAACAACUCCAACCCCAACCCCAGAUUGACAAUAUCAUGAUUCACAUGAGAUGACUUCCUGACCUAGAUAAACUACUGAGCAAAAAUGUCUGAUACCAGGUGUGCUUUCUGCGUUUGUAUUUGAUUAUAUGUUUUGUCCGUCUGUCUGACUGCCUGUUUGUGUGUAGUCAAAUUUGCAGAUAUUCUAAACUUUUUGUUAUGGUCUUUAAAUCCAAAGUUUUGUAAAAAAAAAAAAUAGUUUUUGUGUUUUUAUGAAUUUCUAAAGUACAAUGUUUUUUUAUGA